AGGAGAGUAUGAGGGGGAAAAAACGGGCUCACUGUUGGCUGGCUUCAGGUUAACUGUGUUCCAACAACAGCAUGCAGACAAGUUUCCACAGGGUGUGCAUGACUUAGUCUUCCUUUAGGGCUCUUUCCAUCCCCCCUUUUCCCCCUCGUCUUCCUUCUGCCCCUCAGCUUUCUUUUCCCAAGCUUGCACUUAUCAUCUGCGUCCAACACAAACGAGUGCAGAGAGUGAGAGAAGGGAAAGCAGAAAGGGAGGAUAAUCAUGGCUUCUCUCAGCUUCUGUCUGCGACUGCUAGCGAUCACGGCUUUGAUGGCCACACUGGCACUCACAGAUGCCUCAAGUGAAGAUGUCCUGAAAAGAAUCCUGAAGAAGCGAGAAGUGGCAGGCAGUGAAAUGCCCUCCUCCAGUGUGGUGAUGCCCUCCUCCAAAGCCAUGCAGUUCCUGGCCGCCCUCAAGAGACCCAAGAGGAACCUGUGGGACCGCAGCCGGCCCGACGUGCAGCAGUGGAUCCAGCAGUUCAUGCUCAUGGGCUACGAUGAAGCGAGGCUGGAAACUGACCUUGCCUAUUGGAAGGACCAAUCGCAGGCCAACGACCAGGGCAGGCAGCACCACUAUGACGAGAAUGCCGCGUUGGGUCCACGCUCGGCCACUGGCUACAGACAUGGGGCCAACGUCAAUUACGACUACUAUUAACCUCCCUAACCCUCAACCACACAAAGUGAUGCCAUCCUUGGUGUGAGACAUGCAAACACCAGUGUAUUACUUUGCCCAUAGUCUUUGUACUCAUUUUCUUUUCUGUUUUAGUCCAGGUAAACAUUGUUAGCCAUUUGUAGAACCCAAUGAUGUAAUAACUUCCAGAUCAUGUAAUAACUUCCAAUAAUGUAAUCAUUUUUGCCACUCAAGUCUAUCAAAAAUGUAAUAAAAUCCAAUAAUGUAAUCACUGCCAAUAAUGCAAACAUCCAAUGUAAUGAUAUUUGUACCAAUUAUGUAGACUUAUAACACUAUUGGAAGUUAUGACAUUAUUGGAUUAACCUUGUUUUUCCAGAACCCAAUGUAAUAAAAUCCCUGCGAUAACAUGAA